CACUUGCUUGCUUGAUCUCCAAGGCAUCCCCGAGUUCUCUCUCUUCCGUCAGCAGCCCAUCUCCAAUCGAUCCGUAUCGCUAUAGAGGGCGUAUUAGCUAUCGAAUCAUGACUCUGAAGUCGGUGCUUCGUGCUCUGCAGGAGGUCUUCCCGCAGAUUGAUCUCCGAAUACUUAGGGCUGUCGCUAUUGAAUAUUCUGAUGAUGUUGAUACUGCAGUAGAGUUCAUUCUAUCUGAUGUUUUACCAAUCAUAACUGAACCAGCGGAAACAUCAAAUCCCUAUAUCUCUCUUGAUGCAGAACAAUCACUUAAUGUAGGUGAUUAUUCACGGGAAGACACGAAUGGGGCAAAUCUAUUACCAUGUCACAAUGUAAUUGUUGAGCAAAAAGAGACUCUUCUACCUUCCGAACCGAAAGCUGAAUCAGAUAUAAAUCUUUCUGCUGAUAAUAAAAGUAAUGCUCAUUCAGAGCCACAAUCCUCAGUUGUGAUGCUUGUUGGAAAUUGUUCUAAUGUCCUUGGAAAGAAUGAAACCUUGGAAACCAAACUGGAGGAAGUAGUUAGUGUACCACAGACCGUUGCAGCUAAGUGUGAUGUUCUGGAUGCUGAUGUCCAAGAAUUGUGCAAGACAAAACUUAAUGGCACUCUAGCAGCCUCUUCAGACGGUUGUCCUACAUUGUCAUUCCAAACUGUUCAAAACAAUCUAGAUCUGAUGGAAUGUGGAACUCAGAUAGAGAAGGCUAUGAGCAGUUGCAUUAGUGAGUAUGAAGAACAGUUACUAGCAGCAUUCAAGGAUGUUGCCAAAAUCCAAGAUAAAUGCAACUUUGAAGCUAACAGUACUGUGUCAGCUGCUUUUACCAAUGCUGAGGAAACCUCAUCUGUCCAUGAAAUUUCUCAAGCUCAACACUCUAAAAAAUCUGGAGAACUUAUCAAUAUUGAAGAUUUCCAAAGUGAUUAUGAAGUACAACAGUUCGAGUGCCUAGCUGAGACGGCUUCUGUUCUGUUGCCACUUGAAAAAGAUAAUGUGUCUAUCAGUGAUACGCUCCAAACUGCAAUUGUAGCUACACAAGGAGAGAUACCUAACAUUGACUUCCUCGACAGUAUUCUUCUUGAUGCUCAAAACAAGAAGAGAACAUUGGUAUCUGCACUGGAAUCAACAAUUAACAUGCUGAAAGAGGUAGAGCUUCACGAGGAGAGAGCUGAACAAGCUAAAAAAGAAGCCUCUGUGGCUGGUGAAGAUAUAUUCCAAGAAGCGGAGGACCUCAGGCAGAAGAUAAACCAUGCAAAAAUCACAAAUGAGAAGAAAGCUGAAGAAAUUUAUUCUGAAAAAUCUACAAUGGCACCUGAAGCUAUGGAACUUCAAUCUCGGCUUAUCAAUAUCUCAGAUGAAAGACAAAAAUCACUUUCUAUUUUAGAGGAGAUUUGUCAAACACUGGGUGCACGACUAGCUCAUGCAAAGGAAGAACAAGCAGCGGCUGAGCAGGAGAAGCUUAAAAGGGAAGACUUGGCCCACAAGUUUUUUCGUGAGCAGGAAGACAUCAUGAAUAGCAUAUUACAAGAAACAUAUUGUCUCCAGAAUGAAGCAGAGGAGAACACCAAGUUGAGAGAGUUUCUAAUGGAUCGAGGUCGCAUGCUCGAUAUUUUACAAGAAGAAAUAGCUGUUGCCUGUGAGAGUGCGUUAUCUCUGAAAAAUAGAGUUUAUGGAUGUAUGCCAGACAACAGACCGAUAUUGUCAGUAACUGGCACCCUGGUCUCCUCAUCAAACUCUUUGUCCGAGAAGACUGUCUUGCCUAAGAGUGAUCUCCAUUCUCCGACAAGCAAGAGUUCAAUCAUGAUCGACAAAGAGGCUACUAUGAAUCUUCCCCUGGAAGGUGAUGCUGCUGAUCACCACCAGGAUUGCUCAGAUGAUGAUUGGGAGAUGUUGGAAGAUAAGGCUGAGUUGCUGAACUGAUGCCUAGUUUUCUGAUGUAAUGUAUUGUACAGUCAUAGUAUAUUUGGCCUCUAUGGAAGGAUCAAACCUUCAGAUGCAGAGACUACCAUUUGCUGUAAAUAUUCUUUCAAUCUGGGAGUCCUCUCUUGUUUUGUAUGUAACUGUCACACUUUCCUAAUAUUUUGCCUUGUUGAUUGUAAAUAAAUUAAGAUUUGGCCUGCCACUGUUGUGUA